GUAUUUGGAAGCCAACGGUGCCUCACAGGUGUGCGAGUGCAAGCUUUGGUUUACUCUAUAUAGACAGAUCUACACAGAUCGCGUGUGAGACAUACGCCUGGAUACGCCAAAUUGGAUUAACACACACAUACGCCCCCACACACACAACUGUAUACAACUCACGCUUAAAAUCGAUCGCAAAGGAUUAUUACUAUGUGCAUUAGCAAUUAAGUGGAAAGUGCAAAAGAAGUCAAUUCAAAUUCAGAAAGAAGAGUUCUCGUGAUAUACAAAAGUGAUAAAUAUAUAUACAUAACAUAUAACUGUACAAUUUGUGCAACAUCAUGUGGAAGUACAUUUGUGCCCUGAUCUUCUUGAGCGUCUGCUGCAACGCGGGACCACUCAAUCAACAGAGGAAGAAUAUGCCCAUAAAGGCACGCGAGGAUAGCGUUGUAAUGUCUCAGGAAUCCCAGACACAGACGGAGACGGAGUCAGAAGUGCAAACGGAAGCGGAAGCAGCUGCUCCCUUGGUGGGCACUUUGACGUUGCCCAGCAAUGCCACUUCGAUCAGAGCGGACAUCACGGAUAGUUUUUCGUGUGCCAACAAAUCGUAUGGCUACUAUGCUGAUGUGGAGAACGAUUGUCAGAUCUUCCAUGUCUGUCUGCCAGUGACUUACGCUGAUGGCAAGGAGAACACCUUCCGCUGGAGCUUCAUCUGCCCCGAGGAGACCAUCUUCAGUCAGGAAUCGUUCACUUGCAUGCGUCGCGAGGACAUGACCAUCGAGUGUGAGGAAAGCUACAGAUACUACGAGCUGAACAGCAACUUUGGCGUCUCCACCGAAGAAGAGAAACAACCCGCAGCUUCGGCCGUAGAGAGCGAGCAGAUCGAUCAGCAACCCGAGCAGAGCGAAGCUCCUGCUGCGCCUGCCGAGCCCGCGCCCGAACCCGUCGUGGAACCCGCCAAGCCCGUGAAGGUGCAAAAGCCCAAGCCAAAGCCAAAUCGUCGUAAACCCGCUGUCACCUACAACAAACCCCAGAGGAAAGCACCUGUUCCUGCCACGUCAGCACCUGUCGUUGAGCCUGUUGAGGCAGUUGAACCCGAGCCUGUCGCUGUUGUUGUUGCUCCUUUGGCAGCCAAGCCAAAGCCACAGCGUUUCAAUGCCAGACCCAACAAAGAGAAACCUCAGACCCAGAAGCCUGCCGCCCCCAUUCGCAACGAACUCUUCAAUGCCAUCCGCAAGCGUCCCGCCAUCUUCAACAAGCCCACCACAAAGCCAGUGGAGGAGAGCGAAGCAGCUGUCACCGAGGCCAUCCAAGCUCAAGCGGAGCUGAGUGAACCACAGCCCACUUUGAAGCUGCAGACCAUGUUUGUGGACACGGCUCCAGUUGUUCCUGUGCAGGUUGUAGAAGAACCUGUGCCUGAAGCCUCUGAACCUGUGGUGGCCAUUCCAGAGCCAGAGCCAAUUAAGUCUGAGAUAGUAGCUGAGCAGGAUGCCCCAAUUAAGAUGGAACUAAAUGAAGUGCAACCCGUUGAAGCCUUCGAGGAAAUUCCUGCUGUGAUUGCCGAGACUUUGGAGGAAAAGCCACAAGAGAUUGAACAGCCAGUGGAACAGCCAGCGAAGGAGCAGCAGCCAGCUGAGUUGCCAGUAGAGCAACCAGCUGAGAUUCUAGUAGAGCAGCCAGCUCAGCAGCCAGAGGAGCUGCCAAUAGAGACAGAGGAAAAGCCAGAAGUCCAACAGUCAGCAGAGCAGCCAAUAGAGCAACCAUCACAGUCAGAAAUCAGUCAAACCAUCGCAGAAGAGCCCAAGUUCGAAGCAGCUCCUGCUAUUGUGGAGCCCAGCAACUCCAACGAGGAAGCCCUGAAUAACAUUGAAGUUUUGGAGGCAGCCAAGCCAGCUGAUGCGCCCGAGAGUCUGCCCGCAACCCCAGAGAUGGCUCAACCAAGUCCUUUGGUGGAAGAGAUGCUGGACAACAGCGGCAACAUUGAUGAGAGCAUGAAGCAAACAGCUGGUGGCUUCAAGCCUGUGGAUCCUGUUAUGGCCGCUGAGGCAGAGCAGUUGAUUACCGAUUUUCUGAAUACGCUGCGCAAGCAUGAGGAGAAAACUGAGACUGAGUUGGCCAGCGCUGCCAUGGACAUGGCCGAAACCAUCGAGCAGCAGCCACAAGCACAAGAGAGCGAAGUGAAGCCAGAGACAGAGUUGCUUAAGACACCUGAGGAGCAGGCAGACAAUGUUUCUAUUGAGGAGCAAAAGCUGCCAGAGCCAGAGAUUAUUGACAAAAACGCUUCCGUUGAGGAACAACUGCUGGAAGGAGACACCGAGCCAGAACCACAACCCAAACUGAAACUGACGCAGGACUCUCCUAUUUACAACAUUAUGCAACUGAAUCAUCUGCCCGCUGACUAUCAAAUUCCAGUGCAAGUGGUCUCGAUGCCAGAGCCAGUAGAGGAGCCAGCGUCAGAGACGGCCCAAGAAGUGAUUCAGGAGACAGCACCUCAAUUGCCAGCUGAGCCAGAGCAGAAGCCAGUGGAAACUGAGCCUCAGAUGAGCUUGGCCACAGCUGCCUAUAUGCCACCCAUCAGCAUCGAUGACAUUGUGGAGCUCGUCAAGGAGCGUCUCGAUCAGAAUCCCAAGAACGAGCAGCUUGCGCCCAUGGAACUGAUCCUCACACCAGGUGCUGCAGCUCCUAUGGCAUUGAUUCAGAGCAACACUCCCGUAGCUGAACCCGAGCCUGAACCCGCGUCGAGUGCUGAACAAGAGGAAGUUAUCCUACCUAUUUACAAACGCAUUUCCAUCGCUGAGCCCAGCAUGUCCAAGGUGCAGACGGCGCCCGUGACUGUCAGCAAGGUGGAGGAGCCAGAGCAACAGUCGGAUGAGCUUAAAACCCAAACCAAAAUGGAUGCACGCAAGCGUCGUUUUCUGUUUCGUGCUGAUGCCAGCUAAGGAGCCAACUUCUUUCUUUGUGAGUUCUCCUCAAAGCACUACAAAAAACCCGCCCACAUCGCCCACAUCAAAAGCACAAAACCAUUAAGCCGAGGUCCAGUCUAAUCCCGGAGGCAACUCCCAACUACUCGACUGUCCAAUUGACUCUUCGGCUGUCCCACUCAUUUGCACCUAGGCAAACUUUAAUGACUAUUUUUUUGAUUUUCUAGUUUUAUGGCCAUUUCUGCACUUCUCAAAAAAGCGCACACGAGAGUUGAAAUUUUAAGUUUAGCAUUGUUGUAUCCUUUUGCGUUAAACAAACAAACAAACAAAUACAAAACAAAAAAAUUGAAAAAAACUUUUAAAUAAAAAUCU